AUGGGAAGGAUGAACAAUGUCACUGAAUUCAUCCUACUGGGGCUGACUCAGAAUCCAGAACUUCGGAGACUUCUAUUUCCUAUGAUUUUAAUCGCCUACUUUAUCACACUGGCAGGCAACCUGCUCAUCACAGUCACCAUCUUCAUCAGCCCGGCCCUGCAUUCUCCCAUGUACUUUUUUCUGUCUUAUUUGUCCAUGAUAGAUGGGUUCUACUCUUCUUGCAUGACACCCAAAAUGAUCUUGGCCUUGAUCUCUGAGAAGAACACCAUGUCCUUCAAUGCCUGCAUGACUCAGCUCUUUGCAGAACAUUUAUUUGCUGGGGCUGAGAUUAUCUUGUUGAUGGUGAUGGCCUAUGACCGCUAUGUGGCCAUCUGUAAGCCCUUGCAUUACAUGACCAUCAUGAGCCGUCCGGUGUGCAAGUUCAUGGUGGUAAUGGCUUGGAUGUUAGGGUUUCUUCACGCAGCGAUCCAGCUUUUGUUCAUUGUGCAGUUGCCAUUCUGUGGCCCCAACAUCAUUGACCAUUUUUUGUGUGAUCUAAUCCCUCUCCUGAGGUUGGCCUGUACAGACACUCACGUCUUGGGGCCCCUGAUAGCUGCCAACAGUGGGUCAAUGUGCUUGCUCAUUUUCUCCAUGUUGAUGACUUCCUAUGCCAUCAUCCUUCGUUCCCUGAGGAACCACAGUGCCGAAGGGCGUCGCAAAGCUCUGUCCACCUGUGCCUCUCAUGUCACUGUAGUCAUCUUAUUCUUUGUUCCCUGCACGUUCCUGUACCUAAGGCCUGUCACCUCCUUCCCCAUAGAUAAAGCAGUGAGUGUGUUUUACACCGUAGUAACUCCUAUGCUGAACCCUCUAAUCUACACCCUCAGAAAUGCAGAAGUUAAAAAUGUUAUGAAAAAACUCUGGGAGAAAAUAAGGAAAACCGAAGAAAAAUAA